AUGGCUGGCCUUAAAAGAAGAGUCCCAAUGCACAGCCUGAGGUGCUUCCUCUCCAGAGGGAGUCUCUUUUCCAAACUAGGACUGUUUCCCUGGUGUACUAGAAAGUCACCAAGUUAGUCACAACUCUUUUUGGGCACAGCAAGUAAGGGCAAUUUCACCUAUGUCAUAGCAAAGAGGUGUCAAAGAGGACCAAAAAGUCAGAAUAAGCCAAGUCAUCUUGGACCACUGAAUGGUUCCUGACAGAAAAGGCUGGCUGAUGUCCUGAUACCACUUGUCUACCAGCUUGUCUUUACCCCACCUCUCCAGCAGGGGAAUGGCACUAGAUUUGUAAAAUUUGAAGCUCAGAAGAAAAUUUUACAGAGGAUAGAGUCUUACUUCCAAAUGCUCAAUGGACUCAAUAUGACAACUACUGCUCCCAAAUCCCAGGGUUUCUGUUGUCGUCUCCAUCCUGUUGUACCCUCGCCUCUCAUCAAUGGCUACGGAAAUAAGUCCACCUUCUCUAUGAACUGAGGUCCAGAUGGCAAUCCAAAAACAGGAUACUACCUGGGAACUUGGAAAGAUGGGAACAUCGUCUGUGUACAGUCUUACCAUCUAUAAAACAUCCCUGAGAAACACAGUCAAGUGUCACAGUACUAUGAGGCAUUCCUUCAACAGUCUCUGAUGGCGCCCUGCAUUCAGUGUCAUGAAGGUGGAUACUGGCGGGAGUUUACAGUCCGCACCAACAGCCAAGGGCACACAAUGGCUAUCGUCACUUUUCAUCUCCAGGAAUUAAGUCAGGAGGAGCUCUGUGUUCAGAAGGAGGCUGUAAAGGAAUUUUUCAUCAAAGGCCCAGGAGCUGUCUGUGACUUGACCUCACUUUACUUCCAGGAAAGCAUCAUGACCCAUUGCAGCUAUCAGCAGUCCCCCUACCAGCUCCUUUUUGGGGAACCCCACAUAUUUGAAGAUCUCUUGGGCUUGAAGAUCCACUUCGCUCCAGAUGCUUUUUUUCAUUUUAACACUGCUGGUGCAGAGAUGCUAUAUCAGACUGUGGGGAAGCUGAGUGGAGUGAAUUCUAACAGCAUCCUCUUUGACAUCUACUGUGGAACUGGUGUGAUUGGCCUCUCUCUGGCUCAGCACACAUCCAUCCUUGGAAUUGAGUUGGUGGAGCAGGCAGUAGAGGAUGCCAGGUGGACUGCAUGCAGCCUUCGAUGGUACACAGUUCACAGUCUGGGGAUAAAUGAAGAGAUGCAACCAUUUUCAUGUUGUGGAAAGGUCCUGUACAUUUCUGUGAAGCUACAGGUUCCCCUGCUGCUGGGCCUGCUUAUGUCAUGGGACCUCUCUUCUGUAGGCAUCACCAACUGUGAAUUUCACACUGACUGAGCAGAGACAGUUUCACCACAGCUGCUAAAGUCAAAGGAAGAUGAGCAGUUAAUUGUUGCAGCGAUGAACCCAGCCAGUGCAGGAGUGUAUUGCCAGGUAGUUCAAGCCAUUCGAAAUUGCAGGGUCAUCCACACACUCGUUUUUGUUUCCUGCAAGCCCCUUGGUGAAGCCUCAAGAAACAUCAUUGAGCUGUGCUGUCCUCCAAACUCUGCUAAGAAGCUCCUAGGCGAGCCUUUUUUGCUGAGACAAGUUGUACCUGUGGAUUUGUUUCCCCACACCAGACACUGUGAGCUGCUGCUCCUCUUCACUCAAUAAGCAGCUUCCUGGAAGCCUGUAGGCCGUUUGUUAAGGCUGAAUUUUCAGAAACUUCCAGGUUUGGCAUAUCGCUACAUGGCGGACCCUGGGAACAUUGCCGGGGAAAACAAUCUUUGGACUGUGAGCAGUUUUACCUUGUUUUCAGGCUCCUUUGCAAUCGUGCAUGUUUGCCUGGUUUUGGCUUCUCCCUGCUCCUAGGUCCUAGAUUUGGGUUAUUUCUUCCUUUGCCUAUUAAUACCUGUCAUGUGGCUCCCUUGGUCCUGGUUUGAUCUGAUCUCUUCCACUGGAUUCUGCUUAUUAUAUGGUGACAACUAAGGUUUUUUUGGCAAUUGGUAAUCAUUUCAUAUUGACUGGGAUCUGUGAAUUUGCUCAGAAAUUUUACAUUUUUAGAUGGUUUUAAGACUUUUGAGCUCAUGAUGUAGUCAGGGAUUAUAGCUAGAAACAAGUCUAGCUUUUUAAAAAGCUAUGAAAUGAUUGUAGCAUGGCCAAGUGGUCUCAUAGAGAUUCAUUCCUUUGGGUUUUCUAGGCUUUGAGGCUUCUAGAAAAUGCUUUUCGAAAAUGUGAUAUCUCUAGAAGCAGUACUGUAAUUAGCUCUCACCCAUGGAGGGAGAAUUGGUAUUUAGAGAGACCCUAAGGAAAAAAGCCAUGUUCAGAGACCAGAUACCUAUAAUUGUGCUGUAUAGUGUGGAGGCAGAAGGCUCCAGAAUCCUGUAAUAAUCCAAUAUGUGCUAUAAUAUAGUGGCUAUUGAAAACUGAUUGUAUAGUCAACAUUUUCUCAUCUAUAAUUUCUUCAGCUCUGAAGUUCUUGGAUU